AUGUCGGACGAGCCCCGUAAACGAUCGCGUUUCGACCAGACCGAGUCUGAUGCGCGCCCUUCCCGCUUCGACCGUCGCUCGCGCUCGCCCAAGAACAGAACCUCGGAGCCUCGUCAACGUACUCGUAGUCCCGUCUCUGGCACAAACAGUCCUGCUCCAAGAGACCCUGCUGCAGCUGCCGCCGCUGCUGCUGCCAAGAUCAACGCACAGAUCCAGGCUCGCAAGGGCAUCCAGCAUACCGAAAGCCCUUCCGCUGCUGGAACACAGUCUCCUGCCGCCGGCGGCUUGAAUGCUGACAUCUACACCCAAGAUGGUGACUUCAUUCGCGACAUCGAGGUCAACGAUCUACGCAAUCGCUACACCCUGACCAAGGGCUCUACUCAGAAAAUGAUUAAAGAAAAGACUGGCGCCGAUGUUACCACGAGAGGAAGCUAUUACCCCGACAAGGCCAUGGCAACCGCUGCCAAGGCUGUCGCCGAGAUUGACGAGCUAAUGAAGCAGGACCUACCCAAUCUCGUAGACGAGAGACGUUUCCGUCGCAGAGAACCAGAGCAGGUCGAGAGAGAUUCUAUGGGCCGUGAGAAGAUCCCUGUGGAUCUUGAGCCUAUUCCUGGUUUCAACCUCCGUGCUCAAGUCGUAGGCCAAGGUGGUUCCUAUGUCAAACACAUCCAGCAGGAAACCCGAUGCCGUGUCCAAAUUAAGGGCCGUGGAUCUGGUUUCAUGGAGCACGACACUGGACACGAGAGUGACGAGUCCAUGUAUCUGCACGUUUUGCGUGCCAAAGAACUCUGUCUCGACCUCUUGGCCAACGUUCGUACUCAAUACGAGCAGUUCAAGGAGCGUGGCCCUCGUGGUGGUCGAGGAGGUGGUGGUGGUGGCGAUGACUAUGGCGACCGUGGACACCGUGGUGGCUAUGGAGACCGCGAUCGCAACAGCAGCUACGGAGGUGGUUACGGAGGUGGAAGAGAUGGUGGUAGAGACGGCGGCUACGGUGGAGGUUAUGGAGGUGGUUACGGAGGUGCUGCCUCGCCUUCUGCCGCUCAUACCGGAGCUGCCGCUACAGCCAUGAGCCCCGGCGCCGCGGCCACACCCGACUAUACCCAGGCCUAUGCCCAGUACUACCAACAGAAUGGACAGGACCCAUACGCCGCGUACGGAGGCUACGAAGCCUACACAAGAAUGUACUGGCAGUACUAUCAGCAGCAGCAGGGCGGUGUUCCUGGUGCAGAACAGGCUGCUGGGUACGACAACUCCGCACCUCCUCCUCCGGCAGACGAUUCACAACCACCACCACCCCUGGUGGAGAUGCACCACCACCCCCUCCUUCAGGAGGUUACAACUCUGUUCCACCACCUCCCGGCAUUUGUAGCAUUCCCAGUCUUCAGCGAUUCACCCGACAACUUUGGCCCAGCAAGCGCGCAAUAUUGGCUCGCUCGUCGCUCCCCGUCUGCCACGUCGGCCGUAGACCUCCAGUCGCUGGCCAAGCGCGUGCGAUACAAGCGCACUUCCGAGGACGAUUACUUUGCUCUGAAGCCUGCCUCGAAUCGCAACUCGCUUCUGUCCCCCACAGUCACCGCUACCCCUCCUAACCUCCGCCGGACAAUCACCUAUCCAGAUACUCCCAACAGGCCUGCUGUCACGAGAGACCUUUCCCAUGCCUCGGUUGCUAGCGUUGAAAGCAACUUGAGCACCGUCACUGUCAAGGCUUCUGAUUCUGGUCACGAGUCGUCCAGCACGGCAACCUCUCCUCUCUACACGCGGCCUAAAUACCCUAAUCAGGCCUUCUCUGCCCUGCAGCAACAGCGAUACCCGCCACCCCAUCUCCCUCCAACUCUGCGCACCAAAACCCAUCAUCCCGCCCAGCCAGGAGACUUUCGUCAAGCGAUAAACGCUUUGCACAAAACCGGUGCUAGGACUGCCGAUAACACUCCAGCUGUAACACCUGGCUUAUUCACACCUAGUGUGCCUCCAGAGCAAUCGAAUCUGGGCCCUGAUGAACACGGAUUCUACGCGAGCCCAUUUCUCCACUUUACUCACCGCCAAGCACCUAAAGAGACUCAUAUUGCAGAUGUUGAUAUUGACCCUAUAUCCGGAAGAAAACUGAUCAACAACUAUGAAAUUAUUGACGAACUCGGCAGAGGCACACACGGCAAGGUUAAACUCGGUCGCAAUCUUGCCACAAACGAGUAUGUUGCGAUCAAGAUUAAAGAGGUCGCCAUUCUGAAAAAGGCUCGACACCCAAACAUCGUUGCCCUGUUGGAAGUCAUUGACGAUCCCGCUCGCAAGAAGGUCUACAUCGUGUUAGAACGUGUCGAGCUUGGCGAAAUCGUAUGGCGUGCGAGUGCUCCCAAGGAGAUUGCUUUAGUGGAGUGCCGCCGCUACAAGAGAGAAUCGCGCGGUGUCUUUGACGACGAAGAAGCAGAGGCUGAGGACCGUGCCAUCCUCGACGAGGCAAAAACACGGCGUCUCAAACAGCAGAGACGUACUUUGAGAAAGCUACGCCGACAAAGAAUGGCUGGAAGUACUGGACCGGGAGCAUGGAGUUUCGAAUUUGGUGGUGACACCGACGAAGAUGAUUCGGAUGCAGACCAUGCGUCAAGGGUCUCGACAUCGACAACCGAGAAGAGCGCGGAUCAAGUGGGAGUUGAUAGUCGUCAAUUGUCAGCUGUACUCGCACAGUUCUCUGUUGGUGAGAGCGAAGGAGCUGAUCCCGGCACCCCCGUCAAUCCCGUCAAUCCUCAAGCAUUCUGGCAAGAAGUCAGCCCAGUCAAACUUUUAGAAGGGACCAUGUACGGCUCCUACGAAGAAGAAGAGGCAGAUGAAGAAGCAGACCGUGCGCCAAGUUUGGCCAGUAGCGUGCGUUCUUUCGGUGCUCAAGACCUUCGUCAUCCAGAAGAACGCAAGUUCUGGGAUGCUUCAGGAGCCCAGAUUCUUGACCGCGACCUUCAUCCCGAUCUGCAAUUCGUACCCUGCAUGUCUAUGAAUGCUGCUCGAGUAGCCUUCAGGGACACUGUUCUUGGAUUACAGUAUCUCCACUACCAGGGCAUCAUCCAUAGGGACAUCAAGCCUCCCAAUCUCUUGCAAACAGCUGACCAUCGGACAAAAAUCUCGGACUUCGGUGUUUCAUAUCUUGGUCGUCCAAUCAAUGACGACCAAGUGCCUGAGAACCUUUCAGAAUCUGACAUGCAGGACUUCGACGAAGCGAAAGAGCUCGCAAAGACCGUUGGUACUGCAGCUUUCUAUGCCCCUGAGCUGUGUUACACUGAUGGGAGUGGUGAAACUCCUCCAGUAGGACCUGCUAUUGAUGUUUGGGCCCUUGGUAUCACUCUGUUUUGUAUGCUCUUCGGUCGCACACCAUUUGUCGACAACGAAUUCGUCGUCAUGCGACGCAUUGCUGAUGAAGAGAUCUACGUGCCCAGGAGGCGUCUGCGACCAGUUGACCCACGUCCCAAAUCUCGUCCAUCUUCUCACGGUCGCUACUUCCCACCUGCCGCCUCAGGCAAGAGGUCAGAAUACGAUCUUGCGUAUGAAGAACUGGACGACUUACUCCUCGACUUGUUCCGUAAGCUACUUCAGAAGGAUCCGGCGAAACGUAUUACCUUAGAAGAAGUUCGACAUCAUCCGUGGGUGGUUCAAGACAUCUCAAACAAAAAUCUUUGGCUUGAUGAGACAGACCCUUCGAGACAGUCACAUGGCAAGAAAAUUCAGGUCUCUAAGGAAGAAUUACAAGACGCUGUCGUCCCUGUCAAGUUGGUCGAAAGGAUUCGUUCAGGAGUGAAGAAGACCAUAGGUGGUUUAAUGAGCGGCCUAGGUCGCGCAAGUUCGACUCGAACGAGAACACCCUCAAUGUCGGGAUCACACCCUCUAUCGGCUAGCUCUUCGAGCAGUGCAAUCAGCCAAGAGGGACGAAGGAAUAGCUUACGAGGAGAUGAGAGUAUUUUCUCUGCCCUGAAAGCUUCUCGUGAGACCGAACACCCUCUGGCGCAAAGUGUUACUGUCAGCCCGGAGCAAGGCCCGAAUCGCGACGCCUACUUUUCGAGUCUCAGCACACCGACCGGAGCGACUGACUACCCAAGCCAAGGUGAUAGAUCAAGAUCUAUCAUGUCUACCACCACCUCUGUACGAACCAUCAAGCCAUCCGACACACUUCUUCCACAGAUCACUCCUGGAUCGCCACCCACCUCUCCCGGGCUAGCUUCUUCGUCCUUCGAUACCGUCACCAAUAUUGGUGGUCUUUUAAGCGGUGCUGGUCGUCGCAUAUUGAAGAGCGUGAGAGAUCGCAGUACUGCAGGUCGGAGUACAGACGGACUAGAGAGAUCAGCUAGUAGAGCACCUUCCGAAUCGAGUGAUGCACACGCAGACCCAAGUGUCGCUGUCAGUAAUACACAAGCGUCAGGCCACUUGGAUCUUCCGGACGUGCUCAAAAACAUCGCACGCCGACGUCUGAAGCUUGAUUCGGCAUGGGACCCCACCAAUCCAGAUCGACUUCCUAACGAAUCAACUGAAGAUAAUUUCCGCAGAGCCGAAGACGAAUGGCUUCGACGCAGCACACGAGAAUCCACGGCCGAAACAAGCAUACACCCUAGUCGAGCGACAACUGAGAUUCCUGAGACAUGCCCUCCCAGUCCAGAUGAUGAGUUAGACUUUUAUAACGACGACAAUGGUGAUGAAGACGAUGAUGAUGAUGACGAUGAUGAUGAAGACGAGUUAGUAAUUGGAGGAUCCCGAUCCGACCCACGCCGACGUAGUGCGUACAUGCACGAGUCCCAACCUACCAGUCCAACAAGCCAUGUUUCGGGCGCACAACCUCUCAUGACGCCGAGCUCUUCAGAAGAUCGAUUUCCUCCAAACACACCAAUGUCAUGCUCAAAUCCCUCAAUCCCCUCUCUGACAACCAUCGACUCGGAGGCACCACAAGAAAAAGCAGAGCAAAGCGAGCCUCUAGGUCCCAACGAGGCACCGUUCACGCCCUGUGUUCCUGUGCUUGAGGAUGACGGAUACUCGGGUGACAAUGCCAUCGAGAGCGGUGAGUCCUCGUACUCGGACUCGUCUGACGAUGACGGCGGUCUGCAAAUGGUGCGUCGGCGCUCCGCGCCUCUGACACCUAGUGGCGGUCGAGGACUUGGAGUCAGCAGCACAUCAUACUUCCCACACAAUCCACGACGAGGAACCGGAUCAUCAGCCUUUUCUAAGAAGUCGUCGAGGAGUGGCAGUAACAACACCAUGAAGAAGAUACGCAGUCAUGAUGAGAGCGACUAA